CGUGAACCGUGGAUGCGACCGGACGCUGCUGACGUUUUUGCUUCUUGCUUGGCUUGCUCGAGUGUUGUUUGUGUGUGAACGACGACGAAGACGACGACGACGAUGCAGGGGUUGCUGGUUGGCAGCGCCUUGUUGGCGCAGGCGAUGCUGUUGCAGUGGACGCAGCCGUACACACUGUUGCACAGCUUUGUGGCAGUGCCAUUUUCCUUUGUGGCUUUCACCGUCGGGUUUUUCUUCCUUGCAAAGACCUUCCUCGUGACGCCACUCUUUUUUCUGCCGGCCAUCUUGAUCGCCAAGGUCACCAACACGGACCAGCAGCUGCAAGAGUUUUUGGCGGCUUCUGAAGCUUCCGAUGCCGACGUGAAUCGCAUCAAGAUUCCAACCCCUGACGGUCUGAGCAUGUCGCGGGCUGCGCAGGUGAUUCUGCCGCAAGUCAACGGCCUCAUGUCCGCCAUCUUCGCCGGUAUCCUGGGGCUUGCUGCGCACACGACCAUCCGCUUCUCGGCGUUUGCUGACGAUGUGCCCAGAUGGAGCGUCACCAUCGCCACAAUCACAAUUGCGCUGGCUGUGCGCCAUCUGCGCCUGCUCUUCCCGCUCGUACCGCUGUUCAUGCGGGCCGCGGGCUGGCAACUCGAUGCUGUCGACACCUUCGACGUCAACCGGAGUUUCUGCAUCUAUCACCCGCGUGACGAGGUCCUCCCGCACCGCUUGUCGGACGCAUUCUCCGUUCUUCAACAGCAGCACACAGACGCGCUCAGGAGUUUCGAGCUGAGCGGUGCGCACCCGUCGCUGCCGUGCCACAUGUAUCCGCUGCACGAGCACGACGACGAGUGGGCGCAACUCCUCGCCCUCCUCAGGUCGUUCGUCCACGACUAGCCAGCCCCUGCAAAGCCACACACCCAGGCGUUGCGUGUGUGUGUGUGUGUGUGUGUGUCAAUGUGUCUCUUUGUGUGUAUGUGUGUGUGUCUGUCUCUUUGUUUGUCUCACUUUCUCUAUCUGUCUGUCCGUCUGUCUGUCUGUCUGUCUGUCUGUCUCACUGUGUCUGCCCCUGCGUUGCUCUGUGCUGUUGGUGAUGUCACGUUUCGUUACACGCAUGCAACUGAGGAAUUGUGGCUUGCCCCCUCGUCUUGUAUUCGAGCGCACCCAACGCAUGAAAUGUGUUCUCUGUAAACUGCAGUCAAGUCGACUAUCCCCCUCAACAGCGACCACCACCGCCACACAUACACACACAUCACGCAUCGUUAUCGAAACUGGAGCUUGGACUUUGGCGGGUUCAU